UUGUGAGAUGAGAAAAUGGUGGAAAGGGAGCGACUUAAUGAAGCCAUAGGCCUCUUAACUAAUAUUUUAGAUAGGCCUUCUCCAAAUGUUGUCACAUCGCUGUCAGGAAUAAUGGAUCAAAGGCGACAGUCGACGUCGUCCACAGUAGGCAAUUCUAGUGUGAGCGUUGACGAGGAAUUGCAGCGGGCCUUCAGACGUGGAUCAGGUGCAUCAGGGAGUGGCGGUGGAGCCUCAUUAGGCGCCAACCUGAACCAAGUGCUGCAACCCCGAUAUCAAACUCAGCAGUAUUUUGGGGGAUGGACUUCAAAGUCAAGGAAGAGGUGUCAGAAUGUUCUUCUUUGAAUGACCUCUUACACACCACAGAACCACUCCAAGAUUUUCUUGCAAAUGCAGGGUGUCUCAGGCCUUUGAAAUCCAUAGAAGACAGAGACCUGUUGGUCCAAGACAUUACCAUGUUCCAGGUGGUCCACAGAGUUGCAGGAGCAUUUGAAAGAUUUAAGGAGGGGCUAAAGGUCCUUGGCAUUCUAGAUGCAAUUAAAAUGCAUCCAGAAAGUUUCCGGCCUUUGAUGUGCCACGAACCAUCGGCUCUCACUGCUGACGUAAUGGACCAUCUAUUCCAUAUCCUGCUGUCUGAAGUGGGAAGCAACAAAAUAAGGACAGAGGAAGUUGUGGUACCCUUUUGGAGGGAUUACCUGCAGGAUGUGGAAGAUCAAGAGGGACCACCAAAGUUAGGGAAAAUCCUUGCCUUUGCAACAAGUGCAAGUGUCAUCCCUCCAGUUGGCUUCUCUCCUCAGCCAUCAAUUGAUUUCCUGCAUGGGCAUCCCUCCAGCCCCAAACAGCGUCUGCCCAUGGCGAACACUUGCAUAAACUGCCUGAAGUUGCCGCUGCUUGAGACUUAUGAUGAUUUUAAAGAGUGCAUGGACUUUGCACUAGGUAACACACAGGGUUUUGGAAGAGAGUAAUGGGAACAUUAUGUUCGUUCCAUCUACCUCGUUCAUGAGGUUUCAGCCAGGUUCUUGAAGCAAUGUGAACAACAAUUUUUGUUUUUAAUUUUAGCGAAGUGCAAAAAAACAUUAUUCUUUAAAAGUCACUUUUAUUAUUUAUCAACCAUUGUACAUUGCUUUAUUAGUGCUGACUGAGUAACUGGGCACAUCAUUAAGGUAUUAUGGCCCAGUGGUGCAACAAAUCACAUAAAUAUAUAACUUACUUUCAGUCUGUUUAAAAAAAAAACAGUGCUUGUUUUGUUACUUUAAGUGUGAACCAUUUCCAGUGUUUACUGUUCACUAAGAACAUUCACCAGAACUAAAAAAAAUGAUAUGCCGUGAUUACCAUCAUCACUCAAAGGGUCAAAUAGUUCUUCAAUUCUGUUCAUCAUGGUUUGAUUAACAUUAAAGUCAUUUACCGGAA